AUGUUGCGCUUGCUUGCCGUGUCCGCCUGCCUCGCGAAAGUCGCCAUCGCCACGUGCCCUGACGAUCCGGAGGUGGACCUGUGCGAGUCAACCGGCGAGGAGACGGGCUCCGGAUUCCGCAGCUCGCCAUGGAUGGCGCUUGUGCUGCCCCUCGCCUCGGCCCGGCCCAAGGUUGCCACAGGCUUGGCGUUGGCGCUGGCGCUGGCCGUCGGGGCGGAAGCCGUCACUUGCGGCGAGUUGAAGGACUUCUACAAGAGUGAGCAGUGCUGUGGCUCCCCGACCACGGAGCUGAGCAACCCCGUGCCGGGCACCCCAGCUUGCCCGUACAACUUCAACAAGCCAGCUUGCAACACGGCCGAGCCCCAGACGCCUCGUGAUCUCUCAACUGGCGCAACAGGCAGCAUGGUGCCGAAGGCGGCCACGCUGACGGAUGCUCAGGCCAACUUCCUGCCACUGGUGAACGUGCACUUCCACUUGGGGGCUGAGCACAAGAGCGAUGCCUACAACAACGACACCGAUGCGAUGGCGUAUGACGCGGCCUCCUCCGGCAGGCGCCUGGCCAGCAACCCACGGCCUGGCUUCAUGUGCCCAACGGACACGCUCACUGACGCGCAGAUGACGCCGUACACCUUUCAGCACUGCACGGGUGACGUGCAGGUCGGCAAGUCCUACGAGGUCCACUACGUGCACUCUUCAGCCGGCACCGACAACGAUGCUUCGGACGGCAUGAAUGCAGACCUCCUCGCGGAUGGUUUGGGAGGUGCCGCAAACGGCCGUGGCCUUCUGAACCCUAUGGUCGUGGUGCAGGGCCAGAUCUACCAGAUCGUGAACGGGGGACCUACUGUGAACGACCUGUUGCACGGCUGGACUGUGGUGGGACACAACAACUCCGUCAUGUACUCUGGGUCAACCACCGGCCAGUCGCACGACAACUCAGUGUGCUCCCCAUACGUCAUCACUUGGCAUGUGGACAAGGAUUGCCACCAAGUUUCUCCCGAGUCUUUCGACAACCUGUGCAAGCAGAUGAAGGACCUGUACGGGAUGUCGGUUGACCUCGCACCCCACGGCUCUCGCAUUCUGGUGUCUCCGACCUACGUGGUGCAAUCUCAGUACGUUGUUGAACUGAUGGUUAGGAGGAAGUGGGCACAUGAAGGCGCCACGUGGCGCCGGUCCGCGAACAGGGGGAAGAAAGGUGGGUACAUGCACCGGCACAUGGACUCGAAGAAGUGCUUCGGCCCGGUGAUCGCGUGCUGCUCGCUGCUUUCAGAUGCCACCCUGACUUUCUACGACACUGGCGGUAGCGCCUACGGCUUGGCGAAGACGCGACGCACCGUCACGGUCGACAUUCCCAGGCGGUCGCUGUACUUCAUGACGGGCGCCUCGCGCUCACAGUGGCAGCACGGCAUCAAGAAGGAGCACUGCCCCAAGGAGCGGCUCUCGCUGACCUUCCGGAGCAUCCUGCGGACCGCUCCAAGGGCUGCGAGCAGCAAAGGUCCAAAGAAGCGGCCGUCUGCGCAGCUGAGAGCCCCUUAG